AAUAGAGUUUCCAGUCCAGUCUAGUAUUGUGUUAAAAAAAUAAAAAUGACCAAGAAGAACAUUAUGUUAAUAAUUAAUAAAUGUCGUGGUUUAGUUUGUAUAAUCAUUUAGGCCUAUGAUGGAAUCAAUAUUACAAAUAUUUCGAUUUAUAUACUUAGUAUUACUUAUUUAACUCAAACUAGCUCCUUUAAGUUUUAUGCAAGGAAAACCCCUGCAACAAUUAUUUAGCAACCGACCAUCAAAGAAACGCCGACGUGUUUGAUGUUUAUGAUGAUGCGUUUGAUGUUUAUGAUCUAAAAUUCCGCCGUCUUUAAUUCUUUGCCGACUUUAAUUCUUUGCCAAUCGGUCUUUACAUUAUUUGCAUUUGUUACCGAGAUGUGUUCAUGACUUGUUGUGCCAGUCAGGACAGAUAACAAAUAAUGGAAUUUGAGUUAAUUUCUAACAAAAAGGCAAAAAGUGCCGUUUGGGAAAAUGUUCAACUAAAAAAAGAAAAGACACGGGCGAAAUCCAGGAGGGGUUGGCAGUUUGUAAAAGGUGUAAGAUGGACGUUCGCUUUAGUGGUGGAACUACUAAUCUUAGCACAUACCUGAGUCGUCAUCACAACAUUAUUGCACAAAGUGGUAAAUCUUCGACUACUUCAUCUACACAUACGAAAGUACCAAUGCUCACACAGACCAUACCGAGCAUUUUUAUACAGACAACGAAAUAUAAAACUACCAGCGAAAGACAUAAAACUGUCACUAAAGCUAUCGGCAGAUUCAUAGUUAAAGAUCUCCGACCUUUCAGCAUCGUGUCAAACGAAGGUUUCAAAGAUAUGAUUGAACAACUUGAUCCCAAGUACGAGUUACCAUCACGCACUUAUUUCGCUGAAUCUGUCGUACCUACCAUAUACCAGGAAUGUCGCGCUUAUGUUAUUUCUAGUCUCAAGAAUGUCCCAGUAGCACUCACGACUGAUGGAUGGACAAGUAGAGCAACCUAGUCUUAUGUUACUAUAACAACUUCUCACAUCACCGAAGACUGAAACCUUAAAUCAUUCAUUCUUCAAACUAGAGAAUUACCAGAGAGCCAUACAGGUGUAAACAUUGUCCAAGUUUUAACUGACGCAAUUUCUGAAUGGGGCCUUAACAAGAACCCUCCUUUGGUCACUGAUAAUGCAGCAAAUAUGGAAGUUGCAGCGAGAGUGGCAUAUUAGAUGCUACGCUCAUACACUCAACUUGGCAGCGCAAAAGGGCCUUAAGGUGAACACCGUGUCACGAAUUCUUGCUCGUGUACAGCGCGUAGUAUCCUUUUUUCACCGUAGUACGACAGCUGAUUCUUUGCUAAAAGAGAAAACUAAACAGUAAUUAUUUUUGCUGUCAAAUACUCUAUAUGGUUUACAUUCUAUUUUUUCACAGACCCCACCCCUCCCCCCUCCCCCCCCCUCUCCCAGUUACACCCCUGCAUAAAUUCCUGCCUUCGCGCGUGGAACUCCACCUGUGAGGUCUAAACGGGGUCUUGAUACCUGUAACACUCACCCACAACACCCCCUCUGCUUACCCUUGAACCCGUAGCUGCUGUAUAUUUUACUACUAUAAUAAGUAUCGGGAUUUUAAUCGGUUGACAAAGAAAAUAACAGCAUAUAACAUGUAUAUAUUGUAUGACGAAGAAAAACUUGUAUCUGUUCUACAACAUCUACAACAAUUUGGUUGGGACGAUAACUGCAUUCUGUAUAUGACGAAGCAGAGCGCCCAUAAUAUUCUGGUGGGGAAGCCUAUCGUGACUGGUAUGAGGUAUUUCAAGUGGGGUCAAAGGUCAACUCAGAACAGUAGAGAAUCUACGUGUGGUUAUAAUAUACAAGAUUGUGAAGUAAGGUUCAAGCACGCUGACUGGAUACACACCUUAGCUAUCUGGACUGUAUGUCAAUUAUUUGCUAAAAGAGAAAACUAAACAGCUAGGACUUAAAAAUGUUAAGUUAUUGCAAGAUGUACCUACACGGUGGAAUUCUGCGUGUGAUAUGCUGGAGAGGUUUCUUGAACUACAGUCCGUAAUCUACGCUGUACUACUACUAGUGGCUAAAGAAAUUCGUAGCAAUGUGAAUGACAUAUUAACAUUAUCUGAGGCAUCACGAUAGCAGAGGACAUUGUGGCGUGCCUUCUUCCACUGAAAGCAAUUACAACUGUAUUUUGCACAGAGAAGAUGCCUACUAUAUCUAUCAUUCUUCCACUCCAGAAGAAAUUGUUGACAAGUGUUUUGGUUUCUAAAGAGAUGGAUUCUGAUGUUAUUAAACAGAUGAAGAAGGCCAUGGCUUCUGAUCUGGAUAGCAGGUAUGCCAAUAAGCAGGAGUUUCUGCAGGAGUGUACUGUUUUGGAUCCUCGCUUUAAAGCAUCCUGUGUCACUACAGAGCAGCAACAUGAGGUGUAUGACAGACUUGCUACCGAAGCAGCUAGUUUGAAGCCACAACCUCAGUUACCUGUAUCUGUGAAGGUGGAACCGAACACAUCAACCCCAACAGUUACUGACCUACCGGCGUUACCAGACUUGCCAGAUGUUGAAUCAACUGAUUUACAGUCCGAUGUCAAACUAGUAGAUGAUGUCAAGUCUGUCACUGCAAUCACGACAACGAUUACCAGUGACCUCACUACUCAGUGAUUGUGCUAGUGGUGGUUUAACCUCCAUUUUGGGUGAUGUUGUUUUUAUAAAGGAGGAGAUUUUACCCUAGAAAUCCAAUUUGGAACAGGCUAUAUUUGAGAUUGAUGUGUUCAAGGGACAGGCACUAAUACCAGUGUCAGAAGACCCAUCGGUAUGGUGGAAAGGACACCAAUGGCAGUUCCCCUUCUCUUCCAGUUAGCAAGGAAACGGCUGUGUAUUCCAGCGACCUCGGUACCAUCCGAGCAUGUAUUCAGUACAGCUGGGGACAUUGUAACAGCACAGAGGGCCGCACUCAAUCCUGAAGUAGUAGACAUGUUGAUUUUCUUGAGAGAAAAAAAAUAUGGCCUAAAACAUUUAGCCUGAAAGCUGAAAAUAAUAAAGAUCAUUAAAAAGUUUAUGCCUUCUGCUUUUAUUAA